AUGCGUCGGAAUGUGUCCGAGCCAAGAACCGUCUCGAGCACCACCAUCGACCAGGAAAAUCUGAGCAAAUGGCGUGCCAAACGCGAACGAAUCCUCAACAACAGACCAGCGAUCUGGCUGGAUGUCGUGGCGGUGUUGGAUGGCAUCGUAACCGAAUGUCUGUCGUGGACAACUCGCAGCGUCGUCACCGAGACCCGGCUGUUUGAGAUUGUCAGGAACCAUGGCUGGCCGAUCCUGUUCGAGUCUCGCGAAAUGUUCAAAGUUCUCCUCGAGGCCAAUCCUUCGCUUGAAAACAACGCCCUGUUCCCGCUCAUGCAUGUGAUGAUGGACAUGUCCUUCAAGAUCGACAACGCCAACACCCGCUCGAUCUACCCGACGCCGUGUCCCUCGCUGGAGGAGGUCGUCAAAAAAUGUCUCAACUACUUCUAUCACGUUCGCUUCUUGGGUGAGCCAAAGAUCCCAUCAAGCAAACUCAAGGACGAGGAACAUCCCAAAGUCAGCAUCUUCACCCGCACUGGCCGCCGCUGAUGUGCUGGGUGCUCCGCCAAUAUGGUUCGCUGGUUGAUCGGUCCUUUCAUUCCGGGCCCAGGCGCGACGGCGACAUCCAGCGCGAGCAUUGCCGCUCUCAUGCGGACUUUGAGUUUGUUGCCUCGGUCAAUACAAAUCCAAGGGACUGGGGAGAUCACUACCCCAGAGCGGUAUCUGAAAACAGACGCCACUGGCUCACAGCGAUGGCC